AUGUCAGUAAGUGAAGGACUGAAAGUGGAAGGCAAAGAGGAGAGAAAAGGAUUCAGAGAGCUUAAGGAUUUCUUCAUGGAUUCUGGCAUGAAUCAAGCUAUGACUUCUUUGUCUGCUGGGGUCACUGGUGUGAUCAAGUUCAAUGGUCUUAACUAUGCUGAUUGGUCGGAACAGAUUCAGUUUCAACUGGGUUAUAUGGAUUUAGACCUAGCAAUAGUUACAGACGAAAAGCCUGCAGCCAUUACUGAGACCAGUACAGAUGAUGACAAGUCUUAUUAUGAGGCUUGGGUAAGGUCUAACAGGCUGUGUUUGAACUUGAUGAGAAUGACAAUGGCUGAAAAUGUUAAGCCAUCCAUGCCCAAAACAGACAAUGCAAGGGAAUUUAUGGCAAAAGUUAAGGAGUACUCACAAUCAGACAUAACUGACAAGUCCAUUGUGGGAACUCUAAUGAGUGAGUUGACGACCAAAAGGUUUGAUUGGUCUCAACCCAUUCAUGAUCAUGUGACUAGCAUGGCAAAUCUGGCAGCAAAGCUGAAGUCCAUGGGUAUGGAUGUAAGUGAGUCUUUUCUCGUGCAGUUUAUUAUUAACUCACUUCCUUCUGAGUUUGGCCAGUUCCAGGUGAACUACAACACCAUUAAGGAAAAAUGGAACUUUCAGGAAAUUAAGGCCACGUUGAUUCAGGAGGAAGGGAGAUUAAAGAAAGAGAAAGACCACUCCAUUCAUCUCACGACUCAUGAUGGAGCUAGUAGCAGCAAGGCUAAACCAGGGCCGAAUCCAUAA